UAUUUAUAGAAAGGCCCAGACUUGAUUUGAUGGCAAAUUCAAGGAUAAAGAUCCCACACAUUAUCCAUUCCACCAGCAAGUCAUUUUUAAUAUGUUUCGGUGGUCUUCUUUACCUGAACAACAUCUGAUGUAUUUAAGUGAACUUGCUUGUGGAAUGGACAGUGUAUGGGAUCUGUCUUACACUUGAAUGAUGACCUCAUUGGGGUAAUAUCCUGUGUUUCUGUCCAACUAUAGCGAAAGCUGAAAACUUGCGAUCAAACACUGAUGGGUAAACCAUUGCCAGCCAUCAUCACUAUUGUGUUUAAAUUUGUAUUAUACUUAAUUUCAGUGAAAUAUCAGUUGUAUGAACUGAUCAAUGCAUAGUGCACAAUGUUCCCUUUGGUAAGCAGUUCUGAUUUCACCAUCACAGAGAGUAGCAGGCGUCCUAUCCGCUAGGGGGAGAUCGACUACAGUAAGACAACAACCACCAUCAGCAUUGUAUUGACGGCAAUUAAUAAUUGUAUCAGCAGAAACGCACAUACCUUGCUUGAUCUAGGUCUGUGAGCAGAAAUGAAUGUGAACACAUGCUGGUUUAAAGGACUUUCCUUGUGCACAUGUUUUGAUCUGGUUCUGGAUCUUGCCCUCCACAAAAGUGUAUGUUGAUUUAUAGGCCUAUAUUUUGCAUACUUGAGAACAUGAAUGCCCCUCAAGCAAAAGUAGCUUAGGUACAGUUGGUUCAAUUGCACUGUGUUGCACGCAUGACUAUAAAAAAGAAGGGAAAACAGUUUAGUGAUUUAACAGAACGGGCAUUUAAUGUAGGUACCUUAUUGACACAGUCAGAAAGCAGUAGGCCUAUGAAGGUUACUUUGAAAUUCUGACCAUUGUGUCAUUUAAUCAUGCAGUAGAGAGCGCGCAGGUGAUUUCGAGUUUACAGGAUAACAUAGUGGUCAGGUUGGUGGGUAGUCUGCCUGUGACUACCGUGGGGCGAAAUCGGACCUGCCAGACAAAUCUAGGCAAAUCGUCAUACCGUUCAGGAGGAGGGACCACAGUGAAGGAGGGUGCACCAAAUAUCACACUCAUGCAGCCGGUGGUAGAUGUGUGUAUUAAAGACCAAGCAAGCAGUAUUUUAGUCCGGCUUUGGUCGUUGUGUUUUUCUUUUAAAGUUGCAAAGAUCACUCCUUGUGAUCUGUGAAUGUGGCCAUGAAUCCAGCCGAACAGACAGUAACGUGGCUCAUCACGCUAGGUGUUCUGGAAUCCCCGAAAAAGACCAUCUCGGACCCAGAAGGAUUUUUACAGACAUCUCUCAAAGAUGGGGUGGUCCUUUGCAAGCUUUUGGAGCGACUGCGCCCUGGCUCCGUCGAGAAAAUUUGCCAGGAACCAAGGAACGACUCCGAUUGCCUGAGCAAUAUCAGAGAGUUUCUCAAAGGCUGUACAUCAUUUCGCGUUGAGACGUUUGAGGCCAAUGACCUGUUUCAGGGACAGAACUUCACCAAGGUAUUAAAUUCCUUGGUGGCGUUGAACAGCGCUACAGCAGAUAUCGGUCUGGGUGGGGACUCUGUAUGUGGCCAUCACUCCUCCACCCAUCGGAUCAAGUCGUUUGAGUCUCUCUCCUCCCAGACCUCCCACGGCCGCUCCUCCAGACCUCCUCACAAUCAGUACCGCAGCCUGGACAUGUCUGAGAGUGGGGGGCCACUGGUGGUGGUGAAGGCGCGCUUCAACUUCCAGCAGACCAACGAGGACGAGCUGUCCUUCAGCAAGGGGGAUCUGAUCACCGUCAGCAGGCAGGAGGAGGGGGGCUGGUGGGAGGGCUCCCUCAACGGCAAGACCGGCUGGUUCCCCAGCAACUACGUACGAGAGGUCAAAGGGAAAGAUAAAUCGGUGUCGCCCAAGUCAGGGACGUUGAAGAGUCCACCCAAAGGCGCUGAAGCCAAUGCCAUUAACAAGACCUACUACAAUGUGGUGCUACAGAACAUUCUGGAGACGGAGGUGGAGUAUUCCAAAGAGCUACAGAGUCUGCUGUCCACUUACCUGCGACCGCUUCAGUCUGCAGAGAAGGUGAGUGCUGUCGACACAGGCCACAUCCUGGGCAACAUAGAGGACAUCUGCACUUUCCAACAAAUCCUGGUCCAGUCACUGGAGGAAUGCACCAGACUUCCAGAGAGCCAGCAGAGGAUAGGGGGCUUCUUCCUGAACCAGAUGCCCCAGAUGAGGAGCCUCUACAUGGCCUACUGCUCCAACCACCCCUCAGCCGUCAGCGUCCUCACCGAACACGGCGAGGUGCUGGGUGAGUUCAUGGAGUCCAAAGGGGCCAGUCCUCCUGGCAUCCUCACCCUGACCACAGGCCUCAGCAAGCCCUUCACACGCCUCGACAAGUACCCCACCCUGCUCAAGGAGCUCCACAGGCACGUAGAGGAGCACCACCCCGACCAUGUCGAUCUUCAGAAGAGCAUGUCUUCCUUUAAAGCCCUCUCUUCUCAGUGCCAGGAGGUGCGUAAGCGUAAGGAGCUGGAGCUGCAGAUCCUGAGUGAGAGCAUCCGCAACUGGGAAGGAGACGACAUCAAAAGCCUGGGCCCCGUGCUGUACAUGUCACACGUAGCCAUCCUCAGCACUGCCAACGAGGAGAAACAGGAGCGGUAUCUCCUGCUGUUUCCUCAUCUUCUCCUCAUGCUGUCGGCCAGCCCCAGAAUGAGUGGAUUCAUCUACCAGGGGAAGAUGCCUCUGACAGGGAUGGCUGUCAACAGACUGGAGGAUGGAGAGCUCAGAAACACAUUUGAAAUAUCAGGGAGUAUGGUUGACAGGAUGCAGGUGGUGUGUAACAGUCCACUGGACCUGCAGGAGUGGCUAGAGCAUCUACAGAGGCACACCAGACACACCUCUGGCAGCGGCAAGACACAAUCCGUCUGUCACACGCUCCCCAGCCACCCGCUCACCCCGUCCAGGCACUCGGAGAACCGCGGGACGAUUGGCUCCCCCGCCUACCACACCUUGCCCCACCACUCCUCCCUCGGGGCCACCCACGGCAACUCCAUGUGGGGUCCACUGGAACCCCCCAAGACCCAGAAGCCCUGGAGCCUCAGCUGCCUGCGACCUGCGCCCCCUCUUCGACCCUCGGCCGCCCUCUCGUAUAAGGAGGAUGUCAGCAAAAGCCCCAAGAGCAUGAGGAAACUUCGACUGCGGAAAUCUGAACGCAAACCCUCAGACGAAGAGUUUAGUGUCCGGAAAAGUACGGCAGCUCUGGAGGAAGACGCUCAGAUCCUGAAGGUGAUCGAGGCCUACUGCACCAGUGCCAAAACAAGACAAACGCUCAACUCCAGAUCCAGGAAGGAGUCGGGACCUCACAUGCUCUUCCCUGAGGAGGAGAAAAUCAUCGUGGAGGAGACCAAGAGCAAUGGCCAAACCGUUGUGGAGGAGAGGAGUUUGGUGGACACCGUAUAUGCUUUAAGGGAUGAGGUCCAGGAACUGAAGCAGGACAACAAGAGGAUGAAGAGGACGCUGGAGGAAGAGCAGAGGGCCCGGAAGGAGCUGGAGAAAGCCAUCCGGAAGGUUCUGAAGAACUCAAACGACCCCACCUGGGACGAGACCAACCUGUGACGAACCCACACCAGGUCCCCAACGUUCAAUAUCAGUGCUGCAAACUGAGACUGUAUGGAGGCUUGGGGACAGAGACCAACAUGUGCCACCCAGGCUCCCUACUGUACAUGUGAACCCCCACACUCCACCAACCAUGAUGUAAUGGGGGACUUGAGAGUGACACCAAGACUCCUACACUACACAAGGUCCCCACUCCCAUAGCAUUUCUGCAGUAUGCAGACUUAGGGAUGUGAGAAGACCAACUGCUGACGUCCCAUACAAGGACCUCACUCCACCUCUCAUAGCAUUGCUACAGAGAUUCAGGCUGUACGGCAACUUGUUGACUAGUGAGGGCAUGACUAUGAGAAAUGGGAUGAGUACAAUCAGUGACAUUAGCAAACCUCCACAAGGCUAACAACACACACACGUGAUUGCUGCAGAUUCAGACAGUAAUAAUUGGGGGACUUGAGAAAGACCAACCUGUGACACCGAGGCUCUCACACAAGGUCCCCCACACACUACUACACCAUUGCUGCAGAUUCUGGGGACAAAUGUGACUUUACUUUGAGAAGUGGGAAGAGAUCAACUGUUGGCAUCCCACACAAGUCCCCCCACUCCACCACCCACAGAAUUGCUUCCAGGCUCAUACAGGCUCACAGCACCCAUACUGUAGGUAUCAUGCAGCAGGGCUUGACAUUAACUUUUUCACCCACCUGCCACUGUGGCUAGUGGUUUUCCUGAGUCACUAGCCAUUCAGGUAUUCCAGUAGCCACAGAUUUUAUAUUGUUUUUUUUCUUCAUCGUGAUGGUGUACGUCUAACCUUAAAAGAUGAGUUGCUAAAGCAAGAUAGACCUAUAUAGCUUUCUACAUGGAAGUAUACCAAGUAAAUAGAAACAGAGUUACUGAUCUUUUUCUUGAACUUACAAACAAUUGAUACACAAGGGGCAAACAGAAUAUAGGCUACUACAAUGUGUAUGUCAUACCAAGGAAUAAGUUGCCAGCCAAAUUGGCUAGUGACACUGAAAGUAUUACUAGCCACAGCCAAGUUUUACCAGCAUUUGGCCGGUUGGCAGGUGCCAGUGUCAAGCCCUGUCCUGCAGAUUCAGAGAGUAUGGGGACUCAGCGACUUGGGGACAGGACGGGAACUUGACUGUGAAAAGAAGCCAUUAAAAAAAAGCGUUUUUUAAGAGUCAUGAGAUGAGAGCCAUGGUAAAGGUUUUAAAAUAAAGAUGUUUGGGCAGAGACCAAUUUGUGACCUAUAGACUGUGAAAAGGUCUCCCAUAAGAUAGGUGCAGAUUCAGACAGCGCUAUUGGAGGUUAGGUGGUUGAGAGACACAGCUGCGGUGUUCAAAACGAAAACCAUCAAAGGUGAUUUGGGUCUAUCAAGUUUUCAACUAGAUGGGAAAAGGGGUGUAGACGUUUGGAUUCUGGAAGUACUGUAAUGUGUAUUUGACUGUGAGAUAUUCUUCAAAAUGAAAACUGUGUACAGUAGAGUUGAUGAGAACUAUGCUAAAGCUUUAAACUGGAGGAUGUAUGAUGUUCAUUAUGUACAAAAGUUAAAUCAAUUCUUAAAGUUUCCUUUGUAAAAGUUUUAUCUUUUACCUGACAUGUUUUGACAGUGAAACUUCCGUCUUCAUCAGUGGGUCAUAUGGAUGUUGAUGUGUGUCAUGUAGGGCUGUAACGAUACACUCGACUCACAAUUCGAUUCGUAUCACGAUUUUUGACCUAUGGUUCGAUACACCACACGAUUUCACAUUUUCCAAUAUUAUAAAAUAAAAUUAUGAAUAAAAACUUUGAUAGUUUAUACGAACAAUAUGUUACAAGAGGCUAUAAUAUAUUUUUUUAAGUUUACAUGUGAUAAUGAUGAUGAUUUGAAGCUUGGAAGCACUAUCACUUCAUAUCAUUUGUUUUUUUCUGGACUGAUGGGAAACAAAACUUUGAAAGGGCGUAUCACGAUACUGCCUCCUUGUAUCACGAUACAGUGUCGUGACUCUGUGUAUCACGAUUUCUCGGUUCGAUACAAUAUCGUUACAGCCCUAGUGACGUGCUUUUAAAUAUGUCAGGUAACAGAUGCAACUUUUACAUGACUGAAACAAAGUAAACUUUAAGAAUAGGUUUAAACUGGAGGAGUUGUAUGAGUUGUGAUGGUGAUGGAGAUUUGGACAAGCUUUUGAGAGAACACUAGAGAUCCAAAUCAACAUGGCCCGUGAUGCAAGCUCGGGAUGCAAGCUCGUGAUGCAAGGCUCAACAUCAAAGGUUUUAUUCAAUAUCUUGCAAAAAAUAUAGAUUAGUAGAAGUUAUUUUCUCAUUUGCAAUGGAUGUUGAAUGAGGGAAAGGCCCGCACCCAAAAAAUAAACACUGCGCUGUUUGACGGUCGGCAAACCUUGCAACACCAAAGCAAGAUGAGAGGAGUGAAAUGGAUUUGCGGCCAAGGACUAAAUGACCUCUGACGGUGGCAGUGGUGGACCAAUCAGUUGAGCCAGCUUUCACUCCGACCUUAACCUGACUAUCAUGGGUUCCAAUUCCAACCCGUUUCAAUGAGUUCCUCCUCAUGCGAGAUGUUUCCAAUGGAAAACUACAGAACAAUACUGGAAGCUUUUGAGAAUCGUUCUUUUUCAGACGUAAUUUUCUUUUUGUUUAUUGUCUUUAUUUUGAUGUGAGGAAUUUUAUUUUGGAUUUUUUUAUUACCUCUGUUUUAUGCUUUGUCAUUUGAUAAUCAUGGAGUUUUGACUUUUUGAUGCUUUUUUCAGUAAUAUUUCCUUCCCUUUGUAAUAUUAUUAUGUACAUAUACUGUAUUAAUAUACUGUUUGUAUUGUGAAUUAUGCUAAGAGAUGUGCCUUUGAAAUCAAUUUCUUAAAAUUGCUUGCAUUUCUAGCACUUUUCUUGGCAUUUCAAUAUGAUCUUCAAACGCACUAUACAUUUAAAAUGAACAAAAAAAGAAUGCAAAUCUACUUUUGCGACAUAAAUGUCUAUAUUCUUCCACUAAUUUAUGUAUUUAAAAGACAUAUUCUGCUGUUGAGACUGUAACUGAUGAGAAGGUGAGCUCUCCACAUGAUACUUCCUCUCUCUCUCUCUCUCUCUCUCUCUCUCUCUCUCUCUCUCUCUCUCUCUCUCUCUCUCUCUCUCUCUCUCUCUCUCUCUCUCUCUCUCUCUCUUCUCUCUCCCACUUCUCCCCUCUUUUAAGCUUGUAUCACUGUGUCUGAGGAUUAAA